CAGGUCUCGGGCCCCCAGGCGGAGCGGCGGGCGCCGGACCCCCAGGCGGAGCGACAGGUCUCGGGCCCCCAGGCGGAGCGGCGGGCGCCGGACCCCCAGGUGGAGCGACAGGCACGACAGUGGGCACCGAGUCGUCUGGCAAGACUGCGGGCACCGAGUCAACUGGCGGAACAGCGGGCACCGAGUCGUCUGGCAAGACUGCGGGCACCGAGUCGUCUGGCAAGACUGCGGGCACCGAGUCGUCUGGCAAGACUGCGGGCACCGAGUCGUCUGGCAAGACUGCGGGCACCGAAUCAUCUGGCAAGACUGCGGGCACCGAGUCGUCUGGCAAGACUGCGGGCAUUGAGUCAACUGGCGGAACAG